AUGGUCCCCUCGCUGCACUGGCUCCUGCUAUUUUGGGGACUACAAGGUGUUUUGGCACAGGACUAUGAGGAAGAGUAUGAAGACGAAGUGGUGACUACAAAAAGAAAGAACAAAGAAUUUACAACCAAUUCCAUUCCAAAAAAUGGCAAAUCCCUCAUCGAUGAAGAUUGCGGUUUGGAGAUAGCUUUUCUGAUAGACAGCUCAGAGAGUGCCAAGGACAACCAUGCCCAGGAGAAGCGCUUCGCAAUGGACGUGAUGGACCGACUUCAGGGCCUCCGGCUGCAGACCGGCCGAGGGCUCAGCUCCCGGGCAGCCCUCCUCCAGUACAGCAGCCAUGUCAUCAUCGAACAGACGUUCAAACAGUGGCGAGGACCUGACGAAUUCAAGGCCAGAAUUGCUCCCAUCAUUUACAUCGGCCAUGGCACCUACACCACUUACGCCAUCACCAACCUGACCCGUAUUUACCUGGAGGAGUCACCUAGCAACAGCAUAAAAGUGGCCAUCCUACUCUUUGAUGGCAUUUCACACCCGAGGAACCCGGACAUAUUUUCAGCUGUGGCUGAUGCUAAGAACCAAGGUGUCCGUUUCUUCACCAUAGGAAUCACCCCUGAGGCUAACGAGCCAGCUAACAUAGCACAGCUGCGGCUAAUUGCUAACUCCCCAGCUACACGCUACCUUCACAACCUGCAGGAUAGAGGCAUCGUGGACAAAGUCAUCAAAGAAAUUACGGCGCUGGCGGAUGAAGGGUGUCCCCUGUCCCUGAGCAAAUGUGCGUGUGACAAGGGUGAGAGAGGACCCAUUGGCCCUGCUGGCAAGAAGGGUCGGCCUGGAGAAGAUGGAAGCCCCGGGGCAAAAGGACAGAAGGGUGAGAGUGGGCUCAGUGGACUUCCUGGCAGAGAGGGAGCAGAGGGAAAAUCAGGAUACAAAGGAGAGAAGGGAGAGAGAGGCGAGUGUGGCACACCAGGAAUCAAGGGAGACAGAGGUCCUGAGGGAGAGGUUGGUCCUCGAGGAAAUCGUGGAAUUCAGGGUUUACCUGGACCUCCUGGUGAUGUCGGUUCUGAAGGUGUCAUGGGUAAAAAAGGCGAAAGGGGACUUCCUGGCCCACCUGGAAUCCAAGGGGAAACAGGGAUCGGUCUUGCGGGACCUAAGGGUGAUCCUGGUUUCCAGGGCCAGCCAGGGCCUCCUGGUCCUCCAGGAAUUGGCGAGUCAGGACCGCCGGGGCCUCAAGGGCCACAGGGAGUCCAAGGAGAGAGGGGACCAAUAGGAGAAGGUCUGCCCGGACCAAAGGGAGAGCGAGGGUUGGAAGGGCCACGAGGACCAAGAGGCCAGCCGGGCGCUGGAAUCAAAGGAGACAAGGGGGAUUUUGGCCCACCGGGUCUACCAGGGCCCCUUGGCCUCCCAGGAGUUGGCAUACAGGGCGAGAAGGGUACGGAAGGACCAAGGGGCCCACCAGGGAGCAGAGGCUCACCAGGAGAGGGCUUACCUGGACCAAAGGGGGACCAAGGUUUGCCAGGUGAGGUUGGCUCCCCAGGAGAGAGAGGGGCCGGAGACCCUGGAGCUAAGGGUGAGCCAGGAUCACCAGGAGUGUCUGGUUUGCCGGGCCUUCCAGGGGAGGAUGGGGCCCCGGGACAGAAGGGCGAGCCAGGAGCUGUCGGUCUCAGGGGACUGGAGGGGGCACCUGGAAUUGGCACCCAGGGUGAGAAGGGUGACCAGGGCCAAAGAGGAAUCAGGGGCUUGACUGGUCCUCCUGGGAUUGCUGGACCCUCAGGACCAAAGGGAGAACCUGGGGCUCAAGGCAGGCUAGGCUCACCUGGUCCACCUGGGCGUUUUGUUGCCGGGCCAAAGGGUGAUAUUGGCCCAAGUGGUCCUCCUGGUCCUAUCGGGGAGACUGGAUAUGGACUUCCUGGUCCAAAGGGCGACCGUGGAGAACCAGGCCCCGCAGGUCCAUUCGGUCCCAAAGGAGAGGGCUAUCCUGGCCCCAUGGGUCCACCUGGUCUGCCUGGACUUCCAGGAGAACCCGGUCUUGAAGGAGUGGGCGUCCCUGGACCGAAGGGUGAUGUUGGUUUUCGAGGGCUGCCAGGUUUACCAGGACCUCCAGGUGAAGGCCUCCAAGGACCUCUGGGUAACCCUGGGCGUCCUGGCCCUCCAGGGCCUCCUGGGCCACAAGGACAAGGAGUUCAAGGACCAAAGGGUGAACAGGGGGCUCAGGGCGUGACUGGGCCUAGAGGGCUACCUGGAGAAGGCUUUCCUGGAGCCAAAGGUGACCGUGGCUCAGCGGGAGAGAGGGGAGCGAAGGGAAUCAAAGGAGAAACGGGAGAUCCGGGACAAUCGGGACUUCCUGGUCGACCUGGGGUCAAAGGUGAAGCAGGCCUUACUAGGGAGGAUAUCAUCCGAAUGAUCAAAGAGAUCUGUGGAUGCGGCAUCAAGUGUAAGGAGAGGCCAAUGGAGCUGGUGUUCGUCAUCGACAGCUCUGAAAGCGUGGGUCCAGAGAACUUCGAGAUCAUCAAGGACUUUGUGAACGCACUGGUGGACCGGGUCACCGUGGGCCGCAAUGCCACCCGCAUCGGCCUGGUGCUGUACAGCCUGGAGGUGAAGCUGGUGUUCAACUUAGCGCGCUACGUCACCAAGCAGGACAUAAAGCAGGCCAUCAGGAACAUCCCGUACAUGGGAGAGGGCACGUACACGGGCACGGCGAUACGUAAAGCCACGCAGGAGGCGUUCUACAGCUCUCGUCUUGGGGUCAGCAAAGUGGCCAUCGUGAUCACGGACGGGCAGACGGACAAACGAGAGCCGGUGAAGCUGGACAUAGCUGUUAGAGAGGCUCAUGCUGCUAAUAUAGAGAUGUUUGCCCUGGGGAUUGUGAACACAUCAGACCCGACGCAAGCCGAGUUCAUGAGGGAGCUGAAUCUGAUUGCCUCAGACCCUGACACCGAGCACAUGUUCCUCAUCGAUGACUUCAACACCCUGCCAGCUCUGGAAUCCAAGUUGGUGAGCCAAUUCUGUGAGGACGAGAAUGGGGCGCUGAUAUACAACAGGAUAACUAAUGGCUACAAUGGGAACAACGGGAACAACGGCAAUGGGAACUAUGCCAUCGGAGGCUACGGAUACCGACCUAUCACCGAGCAACAAGGCGCUAAUGGGCGUCAGACUGGAAUCAGCACAGGAGUCAGCACGCACAGCCAGGGAGGGCGAGUCGAGAUCAUCCAGCAUGGCAGCAAAGGGUCCAGCACAGCAAGAGGAGGAGGAGGAGGUCGUGUAACGACAACCUGGGGAACAGAGCGUGGAGACACGUUUAACCGAUAUACCCCAGAAAUCAUUUCCUCAAGAGGGGACACAUCAAUUCUCAGAGGCUCCUCCUCAACAUCCUCCUCCUCCUCCUCCUCCUCUUCUUCUUCUACAAAUGUAAGCACCUCAUCCACGGGUGGGUCUGUUCAGUACGUGCCAGCAUCAAGGCCAGCUCUCCCCAAAGAGACGGUACCGUUGGACCCUCGCUGUGGCUUGGUUCUAGACCAGGGAACAUGCCGGGAUUAUAACAUCCGCUGGUACUACGACAAGCAGGCCAACGCCUGCGCCCAGUUCUGGUACGGAGGCUGCAAUGGCAACAAGAACCGCUUUGACACGGAGGACGAGUGCAAGAGGACGUGUGUGAUCGGCAGAGCCACAGGAGGCUGAGUGAAGGCGUCUGCCUUACAUCUGCUGUAGAUUACUUCAAGGAGGGGCAGCUAAUACUGGCCAUUUUUCACAGAGUUCUGUCUACACUUCUGCAUAAUCCUCAGGCUUUAACACAAACACUGAUG